CGAUCAGCUGCGGCAAGCCUCCGCGCGCCCACGUGCCGCGGACGCCCGCGCGCUCACGCCGUCGCCGAGCCGCCAUCACAUCACUACACUUGUGCGUCCCGCGCUUUUCGCGCGCCUCCCUUUGCCGUCGCGACGCCGCGCCAUUUUCUCGCGCACGUGGGCGCCGCCGGUGGCUGAGUGAGGGCGCCCGGCUCGAACGCCAUUAACGCGGCCGUCGUGAAUGAACGCCGACCUCGACCGGGUGGCUGGCGUCCAUUGAUAGGGCGCGCGGCGGGCACCGACCGCUGCGCUCGCACGGGGGCGGCGUGCUGCACGCCCUCGCUUGCCGAUCCGAGCGCGCCUCAGUCGAGGAUGUGGCGUUCUCCGUGCGACGACACACACCGCGUGCAAAAUCUGUGUUCAUUUAUCAGUAGAUGCUCGUGACCCUUCAGUGCGAAUGCUGUGCCGCGUAUACGUAGUUUCCUAAACGUAAUGUUCUGUGAUCACGUCAAUUUGGUAGAAACUAAGUUAGUUUAAGUCAGGGAAGUGGAGUGUUGUAGGUGGGGGUCUGCGUGCGCGCCAGAAGCGUUGCGGUGUACGAAGUUCGAUGUGAGUGUGAGCGCGCCGGAAGCGUGCACGGUGUGGUGUGGUGUGUGCAGUGAGGGGAUGCACUCGUGCAAUGCUCUCGGUGAUCGCGAUGCGUCGGCCGGAGGACGAGGAGCUGGGCGGUCGCGGCGAUGGCGACGAGUUCGUGGACAUAUCUCAGAUGCAGUUAUUAGUGGAGGCGGGCCCGAGCGGGCUGCACUACGGAGGCCCGCCGCCGCCGCACGCGCAGCCGCAGCCCUACGUGCAGCCGCCCGCGCACGCCGCACACCCCGCCACCACCACGGCCUCCGUCGACGAUCUCUUUGCGCUUUACUUUACACCCGCCUCCCAUGGUGAGCACAUUAUAGGUACAUUACCAGGCGACGAAUUAUCACUAGGAUGCUCUCCACGACGGCACAAGCACGAGGCCUCACUUUCUCCCGGCGCACGCGCCGAGGACGCCAGCAAUGCGUCAAGUGCGAGUGCGUCUCUAUACGGCCCUCCCGUCGGAGGCGCCGGCAAGCGGGCGCCAUCACCGCCGCUUCAAUGGCUGCUGCCGCCGGGUCCAGGCCCUGGCAGCGUUGACAAAUAUUUCCAACAAGAUUACGAGGAACGCGUCGAGUUACUUCCGCCGGAGUGUCAGCCGUACUGCCCUCCGCAGCAACCCUGUCCGACGCAACAACACUGCGAGUACCGACCGCCGCCUCAGGCCCAGCCACAACACUCCUGGGAUACACAAGAGUAUGCGCCCGCGCCACAACCCACGCCGGGCCCGUCUGGCUUGCCCAAACGUGAACCUUACCCGAGCCCUGCAGCAUCGGGCGAUCGACCGGUACAGCUCGCCGAAUACAACCCGUCCACUAGCAAAGGCCAUGAGAUUCUAUCACAAGUGUACCAACAAAGCGCCCAGCCGUUACGACUGGUAGCCGUCAAGCCACGCAAGUACCCAAAUAGGCCAAGCAAAACUCCAGUGCACGAAAGACCAUACGCGUGUCCAGUGGAUGGAUGCGACCGGCGAUUCUCAAGAUCAGACGAGCUGACGCGGCAUAUUCGCAUACACACGGGACAGAAGCCGUUCCAAUGCCGAAUCUGCAUGCGCUCGUUUAGUAGAUCAGAUCACUUGACGACGCACGUGCGCACCCAUACUGGUGAAAAACCUUUUGCGUGUGAUGUAUGUGGUAGGAAGUUCGCGCGGUCGGACGAGAAGAAGCGGCACGCCAAGGUGCACCUGAAGCAGCGACUGAAGCGGGAGCGCGGCGGCGGCGGGCCGGCGCACCAUCACGAGCCGCACCCGCACGCGCCGCUCUAGCACACGGCCGUGACCGCGACCGCGACCGCGCCCUCCGCCAGCUCCCCGCAGCCGAGCUGCUCCACCGUGUCCGCGCCGGAACCCAUGCCCGGACCCGCGUCCCCCAUGCCCGGUUCGCCCGCGUCUGCGGAUCACUGAACUUUUGUAUUUCACGUUGAAGUUAUCGGAUAAUUUCAUCGCAUAGGUGUAAAUGAAUUGUCUUUAACGAAGCUUUAUUAACUCUAAAUUUGUAUAUGACUACACUGAAAUUUAUAUUUAUAGUAUAUAUCUUUUUAUACAUAUUUGUAAUUACUACGUUAAGAGUCGAUCUGCGCGUUGUAUUUAUUUAAUUAGUUAGGUUAAUUGAAGGAACUCGACUGGGAACAAACCGUAGAUACGAAGCGAUAUGGCCUAAAGUGUCCAGAGUAUGCGUCAAAGCGUUUUUCUGUGAAAAAGUUUGUAUUCUCGGAGCGGUUCAUUACACGAUGAGUCGCUGUCGUCCACGGCGCAUGGUGUCACAUAUCUUUCUAUCUUAUAAUAAUCCCGUGACUGAACGGAUCUGGCUCUACGCAUGCAUACGUCUCACGGACCGAACGGCGAACUGAGAAACAACCAGAGGAAGUAUUACUAGUAGUGACAACAAAACUCUCAUAGAUGAGAGCGUCAGACGUAUCCAUGUGUGGAAACAAGUAUAAUCGGGACUAAGUACCUACUUAAGUAUUGUAUGUAGGUUUAUUUAUAUUCUCACAUUUGACAAAACUAACGUGAAACUGUGCCAUUAAUUUAACUUUACAAUGUGCCACUGCAAUUUUUAUUUACGUAACUUGUACUAAGUAUAACAUAAGUGGUGAAUAUGCUACAAUUAUUAUGGUUACUUCAUUAUUUCUAGUCGAAGAUGUAAGGCGAAACGUGAGAUUAUCAAAUAUUGAUUAUAACAAUAUUAUAUACGAGUACGUAUUAUGUAGAAGAAGACUACAGUUUAUAAUAUUAUAGCCAAAAGAAGUUUCAUUGCAAAACUAAGUUGAGAUUGAUGUUACUAAGAAGCUACUUGCUUUAUCAUCACUAUAACGUUUACCUACUUGAGCUUACGCAAUGUCCUGCGAGGAAUCUGAACUGAAAUUAAAACUGAUCAUUAAUCUUGUCCACCGAUUCCAUGGCCUAUUGACCACUGAUGCAAUUUAUUUUCGACAGUUACUGUCAUUUUUUUCUAUUGCUCAAAUAUUUAAUUUUAACUAAAUUUGCUCAAAUCUGCUUCUUUCCGAUAUAAUCGCCCUAAAACUAUUAACUUAUCUUACUUGCCAUCGUAUGUUGCUCUCUGUCAGCAUUUUUCUAUGUACGUUUACAAAUUGUCCAGUGAUUUCAAAGUUUCCCAGUGGCAUAUAUAUAUUUUUACGAUGUGCAUAUUAUAGACUAAUCUAGUAAAAGUAAAAGUGUUAGCAUGUAGCAUUAAAUUAUGAUCUCUUAAUCAUUAUUAAUUAUUUUCAAAUAUAGCAAGGACCCCUUAUUUAUAAUACUCAUAAGUUUUUAUAGAUAUAAGUAAAGUAAGUUUACAUUUGAAAUAUUUAUGUUGUUGUGAUGAAGACCGUUGGCCAUAAAAAUAUAGAUAAGAAUGUGAAAGUACAUUCAAAAUAUAUCCAGAAAUUACAUACUUACACUUGGUUAUAUACCUACCUAUUUGGCGUGGCUACGCGUCCACUAAAGUGUGACAUAAAUGUGUGUAUGCAUAUUGAUAUACCUUAUACAACGAGGUAAACGCAGAAAGUAAAAUAACGUCUGUAAUUAUACGAGUAGAUAGUAAUCUAUUAAUCAUUGAUUUGUUUCCCAUGUAAGUACAAAAUUAGCACAAAAUGUAGACUUACAACUUCUAGACAUUUCGUAACAUUGACUUCAACUAUCAAUCACUAGGGCCAUAAAGUAAUAUUAUGAAUACUGAUUUAAAUGUACAACAAUUACAUACUCAACAAUUUUUAGAGUAUGUACUUAAAUGUAAAUGUGCAAACUGGCAAAAUUGUAUAGUCGUAACGAACUGGAACUAUAAAAAUGAUUGUUGUAAUACAUUGUCAUCUAAAAACAGCGGUAAUAACAGGGUGGAACACUCACUUGUAUCGGUCUUUAUGAAUUUAAGAUAACAGACAAUAAUGUAUACUAACUCAUGCGCCUCCACCUCACCUGGUUACAUAUGGGAACGGAUUUUUUACUGAGUGCGUUCAUAGCAUAAUAUGUACCUUGCCGUUUGAAUCGAGAAGUAACUAAUAUAGUACAAAAACAAUAAUAAUUGAAUCGCCGCCGCGCCGUUUCUAUUUUGUGAGCCGGGUCGGGUACCGCACCGGUAGAAUGACGUCACUCGCACAUACUCGCUGAUAUCGCAUUUGCACGCGUUUACGCGCUCGUGUACGAUAAAAAUAUGGUGUACGAGUUUAUAAUGUUUUUACUGUUAUAGAAGAGACGAAGUCUCCGAUAGACAAGGCUAGAGUAGAUAGGUAUUUAAUAAUGCGAAUUCAUGUUAAACAAUUGAGUGACAAUUGAAACGGAAAGACUAAAUUCUUACACAUUUUACGUAAUGUUGCAUCGCGUUAUCGUUAUUGAUAUAUGGUGUUUGUAUUAGGUUACGAGUUACGACUAGCUCGUUGUCUGUUGCCACGCCGCGCCCACAGUUGGGAAGCCACUGUCUGCUGUCUAGUGUGUGUAGGGGCGCGAGGGCGCAGCACGGCAUCAUUUCACAUCUUAACCAACUUACACUCUUAUUCGAACGAACAAGAUGUUUCUGAACUUUUAUGGUGUUCACCUGAUAGAGAAUGGAUACGAAUUCUUUAUGAAUUUUGUGUAGGUACGGCUACUGUUUAAGCUAUCUUUGUGUAUUUUCUCGCAUGAGGAUGUUGUUGAUGUUCUAAAAUAUAAAUAGAUAUAAGUAGGUCUGUUAAAUCACACUAAUUUUUACUAAAUUCUAUUUAAUUAAUACCUAUAUUUGUAAAUACACUCAGACUAAUUUGGAUUUAAUGUGUAUAUAAGAUGAAGAAAUUUUUAUUUAAUAUGAAACCACCUAAGGUGCGAAAAUACAAAUUGUUGAAAAUUUAAA